AUUAGUAAAUUUUUUUUCAUUUAUCAAGAGCUAUUUUUUAAAACAUUAAAAACUAAUAUACUUUUGUUUGAAAAUUAGUUUAUAAAAAGUUAUUUAAAAAAAUAACUGAUUCGAUUCAUUGAUUUGAAUGCAUUAUUUGACCUGUACUAAUCCAGUAUAUUGGAAAGUGACGUCACAAGUUGAACUACCGUAUGACUAUGAAUAAAAAGUGUGGUUGUAGAAGCAGCUUCAUGGGCCUUAUUAUACACAAAAAUGAUGAUCUUGGCUCAUAUGUUGAUGUCAAUUAUUUAACAGUAUUAACAAUAUAAAAAUAAGUAAAGGGAAAAUUUUUAUAAUAACAGUAUCAUUUAUUAAGUAUGUAUGUAGUAUUUAUUUAAAAUGAGUCACAUAAUUGUAAUAAGAAGUUUUAAGCCUGGAGAUGAAUUAAAUUGUCGAGAUAUAAUAAAGGAUGGAGUAAUGUCAUCAAUGAAUGCAGCAUUUUUAGGAAAUGUUGUAAAGGAAUUUACUUUUCAAAUGAUGAUUCUAUUUGCCGCAGUUUUGUUUAUUUUCUUUGGUUUACCAUUUUUAGUUUGUUUUUCUGCGAUUCCGGCUGUUAUUUGUCUCACAUAUGUAGCAUCUUUUUUACUGCAUACAACAAAAGUUAUGGAAGUUUAUCAGGAAAUAACUAAUAUCUCAAGAUUGUACAUGUCAAAUGCAUUUUCCUGUUUUUGGAUUGCGGAAGCCUUUGAGCCUUUAAUAAUGAAUCGACAUCCAAAAGACGUGCAUUAUACAAUUAUGACGGAACAUCAGUUUCGCACAUCAAAUAUUGAUGUUUCUUUACAAGCGAAAAGAAUUGUUGGUACCAUUGGAUUAACCAAAAGUCGUAAUAUUGAGAAAGGUGCUUGGAUUAAACGUCUUUGUGUUCAUAAAAAAUAUCGAAGAAAAGGUAUUGCAACAUAUCUUUUAAAUGCCGCAGUUCAAUUUUCUAUUAAACAAGGCUACAGUUGUGCAAAUAUUGUUGCUUCCGAAUAUACUGAAGGAGGAAGAGAAUUAUGUCUUAAUAAAGGAUUUGAAUUACAACAAAUAUACAACAAACCUGUUGUAGGAACUUUUAUUACAACUUUAAUGUUUGAACUAUCGUAUCCAAUUAAAAAUGAAGAUUUUUACGGAACUAGCCGAAAAUACGAUUGAUGUAUAAAAACUAUUUUUAUUUUUAAAAAUUAAUAACGAAUAUUGAAGGAAGAAAAAUAAAUUUUUGAUAAAAAAAUUUAAUUUUUUUAUUUGUGAUUACACUUUCAAUUUGUUGGUCUUUGCUUAUGUUUAAAAAUUGUUUCCAAAAAUUGAAGAAUUGCACUUACCUAUGCAUUGUUUUUGGCUCGUCUUGAAACUUACGGCAUUUGUAGAGGAAAAUAUAAUUUUUAAAAUUAAAAUUAAUUAUUAAAAAAAUAAGAAUAUCUAAAUUGCAAUAAACAAUUUAUUUUGCAAAAUUUUUUACAUCAAAUUUUUUUAAACAAAUAAAAUAUUAAAAAAGUACACGAAAAAUGAUAAAAAUACAAUGCUUUCAAUUCUUGAAAGUUGUACCCGAGAAGAAAAUGAAAGCAGGUAAUUAAAAUUUGAAUUUAAUUUGUAACCAAAAAACAGGUUA